AUCACCCAACGUGUAGAAAGAGCUCAGCAAACGUUCACAAUCACUGACUUACCACCUGAACUACACCAUAUCAUCAUCGACUUUCUCGACCCCAUCGAUAGCACGUGUCUCGGGUUAGCAAGCCGCUACUUCUAUACCCUUCAUCGACGACGGCAUGGCAAUGUCCAUCUCGCCACGGGACGUCCGAGGCCCAACGACCAGGAAUGGGCAUGGAGAUCGGCAUCUGCGUUGUCGGUCGUCAAGUCUAUCAACACAACGACGGCGACGGCGACGACUGCCGCUGACGAUACCCCGCUGGCAAACGAGCGGCCAAUAUCCUACCCGCAGCCGAUGCCACUCUUCAGGUGCGAAAAGUGUGGACUCGAGCGAUGUGAACUACAAAGACACAUCCGAGACUGGUUCCCUCGAGACCACGACUACUGCACCAUCUCUGGAAAGUACAUGAGACUAGGCUCUCAUAGAGAGGAAGCAGGAUUCUGUUACCGGCGCUCGCCUAGAAAACCCAGCUUGUGUGGAAAACAUCAU